GCACAAGUUCAAGCAGUUUGCUACUCUGGACGGUUUCAGAACCCGGGGUCGUUUCGGAAUGGCGAUUGCCUCACUCGGAGAUGUCGACAAGGACGGAUACAGCGAUUUUGCAGUCGGUGCGCCGUACGACGGAGAAGACGGACGAGGCGUAGUGUACAUUUAUUUAGGAUCCAUCGACGGAGUCGUGAAAACAGCUUCGCAGACAAUCGCGGCGAAUACGAUCGCUCCGGGAUUGGAAACAUUUGGAUUUUCUCUGAGCGGUGGACUUGAUUUAGACUUCAACGAAUAUCCGGACCUUUUGAUUGGGUCAUACAAGUCUGACAGCGUGGCUUAUUUGAGGGCACGUCCGGUUGUGAAUGUUUCCGGGGGCUUUUUCUUCGAGAAACCCAUGAAGGGUAUCGAUCUGUCCAACAAAUCGUGUCAACUCAAGGACGGAACCCAGGUUUCUUGCUUACCUUAUCGACUCUGCCUGCAUUACGGAGGGGAAGGUGUCAACAAUCAGAUCUCGUUGGAAGUGGAAUACAUGCUGGACUCGAAGAAAAACGCUCCUAGAAUGUUCUUCAUAAAUUAUGAAGGGAGGAAUAAGUUUCGGAGGACCUUCACGUUGAUCAAGGGAGCGACUGACUGCGAUACUGGUCAUGCUUACAUCAAGGAUGGCAUUAGGGAUAAACUGACGCCGAUUGUUGGAACAGCAACUUUCAAGUUGAGUGAACUGACUCCUUUCAUGCGUGGCUUGCGACCCAUCGUGGGUCCUGUGCACUCUUUCGAAGACGCCAUCACCAUUCAGAGAAAUUGCGGCGGUGACGACGUUUGCAUUCCUGACCUGCAACUUAGUGCUGUGCUGAACCGAGAAAGUUAUUUGGUGGGCAGUGGAGACAACAUUGAGAUGGACGUCAAAGUGUUCAACGGCGGCGAAGACUCUUUCGAAACUACUGCUUUCCUCACGAUGCCCUCGGGCGUUAAUUAUGUGAAAAUAGAACGUCUUGACACGAACCACGGGAUUCCGGUUUUCUGCUCUCCUAAUUUGAGUCAGCGGAUUGUCAAGUGUGACAUUGGGAAUCCACUUCCUGCCUACCAACAGGUGAGGUUCAACAUAAUUGUGCACCCUCAAGCGAUUCAAGGGGACCGAGAAAAUCUCUUGAAAGCUUUGGAAUUCAUGCUGACCGUCAAUUCAACGAAUCCUGACGACGAGUCAUUCGCCGCUGAUAACAUGCGAAAAAUCAGCGUUCCUCUCCGAGUUGAAGCCGAAUUACUCGUGUCGGGAGUUCAAGAGCCAGAAACCGUUACUUACAAUCGAUCGAAUUACAAGAAAGACAGUUGGAAAUCCGAGAAAGAAGUCGGCCCUCAAGUUGUGCAUCGAUACAUCGUCGAAAACCGCGGUCCGUCGGACAUCAACGAAGCUGUUGCUUUCAUUGUUUGGCCCACUUAUGCAUCCAACGGGGAUUACCUUCUAUAUCUCAUGGAGCAGCCAGAAGUUGAAGGCCCUGGCUGGUGUAGGAAAGUGAAAAACGUCAAUCCGCUCAACCUGGAGCUGUUCAAGGAGAAAAUUCAAGGCAACACCGAGUUCCUUCAGGAAGAACUGGAUCCAACGUCAACCGGAUCCGGUGUCGGAUCUGGCGAAGGACUGCUUCCGAGCUCAUCCGACGAGCACUUGCUGGAAACCGAGUACUAUUCUGGCUCAUCAGUCAAAGGAAAUGCUGGAUACGGUCAAGGAACGAGUACCAGCACUGAUGACAGCGAGUCCAGCAGUAAUCAGCAUCAUUUCCGACACGGCAGUCAGCAACAACACGGCGGCAACGAGGGGCAUUAUGAUGCCAAUGCAGGUGUCGGAAAUAACCACGAGUCCACGUUUCACCGGUCUUCGUCUUCGAGCAAUAUUGGCACUUCGGACUCUGGAGAGAGAGUGAAAACGUCGUCUUAUUACGAAGAGAAGGUGUAUCGAAGCAGCAGCAGUAAAACGUCAUCAGCGUCGAAAACGAGUUCUUCGUUGUCUGGGGGCUCGAAGUAUCAUCAGGCCGGUUCCAGUCACGACGAUUUCUAUGGAGCUUCUGAUGAUAUGUGGGAUCCGAACGGCAAUGCUCUUCCCAGAACUAAGCGGCAAGCCCCUUGGAUGAAGGAUUUUCGGCGUGAAGCCAAGGACUGCGGGCCGACGACCAGCAACUGCACCAUCAUUAAUUGUACCAUCGGGCCUUUGGGCCAAGCUGACAAGUUUAUUGUUACCUUACGAGCUCGAUUGUGGAUCCACACGUUGGCUGAUUUGGGAUACGGAGAUGCUUCCAUCUCCUCGAAAAUGGUCGCGAGAGUGACUUCGUUGCCACAUGGUGUUGAUCCGUCCUACAUGCGGUUUCAAGCAACUGCUGUCAAGUCGAUCAUCAAUCCCGGCGAUGAAAUUUUCGAAGCGAAACCCGUGCCUUGGUGGGUGUAUUUACUGGCUGCUCUCGGAGGCUUGUUGUUGUUGCUGUUGCUCAUUUACGGACUUUACAAGUGUGGAUUCUUCAAACGCAAGCGACCGAAGCACGCUAAUGGAUCCGGGCCUGGCCGUAUGCCACUAAAUGGAUAUGACCAUAACGAUACGGCUCUAUGAUGGCCGAACUCCGGUGUUCAAUUUGGUUUUCAAGUCUCCCUCGUGAAGAGUUCGCGCGUGUUUUUUUUUCAUUUUUCAGUGUUUGAGAUGAUGGGUUGGAGAAGAUGAUGGAAGAACUGAUUUUUUUUUUACUCACGCGAAACUGUGAUCAUGUACCCGCGUUUCGGAGAGACGCUUUUGAAAACACUCUUUAUAAAAAUUAAAUAUUUUUCGCGUUUGAUGAGGCUGGGUUCCUGACGAGACGAACUAAAAGCUUCAUUAGAUAAAAGUUUCAGUUAACAGGGUGUUUUAUGUAAUCUCCAUUAGCGCCUUUCCCGUAGGUAAGCCGAAUUGGUGGGGAAACUAGUCGAAUUAACUAUAUUUUGUGUUUAUGUGGAAGAGGGGUUUAUGAAGAGUUUGGUGAAGUUUUUGUAUAAUGGUAAGACGAUGAUGAGAGUGUGGGGACGUACCGCUGUUGCGAUCGCCAAGCAGCACUUCGAUUUUCAAUUUCAGUUUCGUUGGAUUUUCUAAUGGUUGUUCAUCGAGUUGGUUGUACGUCCAACCUCGACCGUUUGUUUUAUUUUCGAGUGUUAUGCUGCGUUUUUUUUUUCACUAUCAGUUAUUCAAACUAUUGCAUUUGAUUUUGGCUCACUCGGUUUGCCCUUGGGUGACGCGAAUAUUUUUGCUAUUGGGCUGAUUGCUGAAGUUCGCAUUGGUGCUAUAUUUCGGUUUCGUUUUCUGGCCUCCUUGGCGAGGACCGUGAACACUCCAUGUCUUUCUCUCCUCGUGCUCAACUAAUGCCGUCGGGGCUGAGUCGUCAAGUGCGGUCACCUUUUCGCCAAUUCGGUUUAGCGUUCAUAUUAUUUGUGUCCGUCUCGUUUGAAGGCUGAGAAGGUGACUUUGCUUGGUGUAUGAGUUACGGCAUUUGUCAGCUUUUGCCAGUUGCUAUAGACGUGCAUGCUGGCUUUUUCGGGAAAGACUUUUUUCGCGAUGAGGAUGAAUGGACUAGUCAAAUUCUGUUUGUGGCGUUUCGCUGACUCGGUUGGGAUCGGGAUCCCAACUCUUUUUUUUUGUUUGUGUUUGAAUUGUUCUUGAAGCGGUACCUGGGCUCUCGUUAUCAUGUCUAACCAUAGCCUUGGAGACAGAAAUUUCGACGAAAUGUCAAUUGAAUGGGUGCGUAUAUCUGGCCAGGAUUGGAUAUUCUUUUGCUGAAUGGAAUGAGAUCUGACGGAUGUGUUUGCUGAAGUAAUGAUUGUUUUGGAUGUAACCUCAAGCGCUGUGACAAGUCUUCGCGGUUUUUUUUUCAUUCAUUUGAGUGUCUGAUUUUUCACGGUGUAGCUCGAUGACCUGUCUGAUGAUUUUCCCAAUGGAAUAAUCACCUAUCCUGAACUUUAAGUAAAUAAGGUUCACAUCGCGGAAUUUUGCUGCAGGAACCGAACAGUUCCGGACGGGACGUAACUGAAGUGUACUUCUGGAAUCCUUGCAAAUUAUAAUACAGUAAUAUUUUUCUGAUUCAAAAUUGAAAGAACGCCAUAGUUUCGAAUGUUCUGCUGUCACUAAGUGCUUGAAGGAUUAGCGCGUUACUUUCCAUAUUUCAGGUGAAAAAGUUCUUUAAACGGAUUCAUAAUAUGUAACACAGUACAGUAUAGUACGCAUAUCAUCUUUUAAUACCAUAUCAGUAUGACUGUUCAUACAUUCAGAAGAGAUGAAACAAUCUUUAUGAAAUUUCCUCCCCAUGGACUCUCAGAAAAGAAUGCAUUAUUAUUUUACACCGUGAUUAUCAAGAACCAAUCCUUCAUGUUCAUCAAGGUCGAUGUUUUUUUUUUUAACCGAAUGGUAGUAUUGUGUCCGUUCAGCGAACUGUGAAGGGACUUGUGACCCGACAUGUUGUGCCAUUUCAUUCAGAAAGCGGCUACGUUUGAUGCUGGGCUGCCGGAAUGAAUUUAGUUGUCCUAUGAUGCUCAUUUUUGCGCGUUCGCACCUUCUUCCUUCUGGUGUAAUAUUACUUGUGUCUAAUGGAUCGUCUGGCACGACUCCGGUUGUCUUUUUUUGAAGUAAAACCUUGGAAAUUUG